GUUACUUAUUCAACCGGCAAACUGCCUCACUACAAUGCUUGGGAACAAAAUAUGCUACAAUGCUCAAACCAUUGCGGACGUGGAUUAAAGGGAUCGCUUCACUCAUUCGAAGACUUUUGAGUUUUCACACAUAAUGCCUUAUAUUACGUUUUUGUUCUUACUUUUUUGCUUGAUACUUAUCGGGGAAUGCCGAAAGCACAAAAGUAGGAAAAGGCGGUGGUCCGGGGCGGUGGAAUCUUACAAGCAUGGCGCUCCCCUGACUGGAAAAAGGAUGGUUGAUAACACCAAAUCUCGCAAAUUGAAGACAGACAACCUGCUGCGAGUGGAUGACCAUGAUUUCACCAUGAGACCAGCCUUUGCAGGCCCUGCUGUCCCUGUAGGGGUGGAUGUUCAGGUGGAGAGUUUGGACAGUAUAUCAGAGGUGGACAUGGACUUCACCAUGACCCUGUAUCUGAGGCACUACUGGAAAGAUGAGAGGCUGUCCUUUCCCAGCACAACCAAUAAGAGCAUGACGUUCGAUGGGCGCCUGGUCAAGAAGAUCUGGGUGCCUGAUGUGUUCUUCGUCCACUCCAAGAGGUCGUUCAUUCAUGACACCACCACUGAGAACAUCAUGCUCAGGGUGUUCCCAGACGGACACGUGCUCUACAGCCUCAGGGUGACGGUUACUGCUGCCUGUAACAUGGACUUCAGUCGUUUCCCUCUGGAUUCACAGACCUGCACCUUAGAGCUGGAGAGCUAUGCUUACACGGACGAGGACCUCAUGCUGUACUGGAAGAGUGGGGAUGAGUCCCUGAGCACGGAUGACAGAAUCUCUCUGUCUCAGUUCCUCAUCCAGAAGUUUCACACUACCUCCAGACUGGCUUUCUACAGCAGCACAGGCUGGUACAACCGUCUGUACAUCAACUUCACCCUGCGACGCCACAUCUUCUUCUUCCUGCUCCAGACCUACUUCCCUGCAACUCUGAUGGUCAUGUUGUCCUGGGUGUCGUUUUGGAUCGACCGCCGGGCCGUACCGGCCAGGGUCUCAUUAGGUAUCACCACGGUGCUCACCAUGUCCACCAUCAUCACUGGAGUCAACGCCUCCAUGCCCAGGGUUUCCUACAUCAAAGCUGUGGACAUUUACCUCUGGGUCAGUUUUGUGUUUGUGUUCCUAUCGGUGCUGGAAUAUGCUGCCGUCAACUAUCUGACAACGUUGAGGGACGGGAAAGAUCGGAAGCUCAGGGAAAAGGCCAGAGAGCAGUCCCUGGGCCUGGCGAGAGAACAGUCGCUCCCCUGCACAUGUGGCAUGUCCCACACCGGGACCAUGAUGGCGGACGGGACCUACAGCGAGUCCGACACCAACAGUCUAGCCGGGUACACCAGGGCCCCCGCUCCUGAGGACCCCCCAGAGAAGCAGGAACGCAUGGUGGUGCACAUCUCCUUGGACAACGAGUCCACGGCGGCAACCAAGAAGAAGACGGGCUUCCGCAGCUUCAGUUUCAUGCAGAACACCCACGCCAUUGACACCUACUCCCGCAUGAUCUUUCCUGGAUCCUACAUCAUUUUCAACCUCAUCUACUGGUCUGUGUACUGCUGAGGCUCUCCCGGACAGCCUUGUUAGAGUCAGCAGAGAGACAAUCUACUGAUGUUGCUGUACCAGAUGAAACAGGACCGUUAUUUAACUAAAACUGAUUGACUCAAAGUGGUAAUGACCUCCAUAAUGCACAUUGAGGUGAUGGACUUCUUAUAACACCUGUGCUCACCAGCAGCACUCACAAAAGGUUUUCACAGAUCUCUAGAUGGAUAACACCAUUCUAUCCUCACCAUCAGCUACAACCAUGUUACUACUUGACUCAACUGUACAGCUUUCCUUUUUUUGCUAUUUACGCAACCAUGCAGGUCCAAGCACAAACUAUGAUGAAUUUUAUACUCAUGGCACUGUCAAAGCAGGAAAACUGUGUCUGUAUUACUGACAGUGUACGUACUUCUAAAAAAUGGACUAAGUGUUGCCCAAGCUUGCCUCCUUAAGCAGAAAACAGAAAGCUUGAUCCAUAAUGUGAGGGUUUGACCUCUUAAAAUCGACUAUGUUGAUUUGGCAAGCAUCAGUUGCUCAUGAGCAAAUUGAAACACAGCCACAGACUCGAUGUCUUCUAGGAAUGCACCAAGUGUUAUUCUUUUUAACAGCUGAUCAUGAUUGAGCAAACCACACAAAAAUCUAAAUCUACAUUUAUACAAGCUGGCAGAUUUUCACUUAGAUUACAGUAUUUAUUUAAUUAUUUAUUAAUGAUCUAUUUAUUCAAUUAUUUAUUCAUUUUAGGCCUAUCAAUUUACUUAAAUAAUAAAUGUUUAGUGCACUAAUAUGCCAUUAUACCUUAAGUUGUUCAAAACAAUGCAUGGGGCUUAAUAGGUUUUUUCAUGGUUGGCCACAGAAAUUGUGAGGGUGGGUACCAUUAAGGAAUGCUUAUGUGCACUAUCAUUCAGCUUGUUUCAGGAACUCAAUGUUAUCCACCAAUUAAAGAGUUGUUUCUGUUUGUAUAUUACUCAGAAGGGGGUUUUCAAGACUUAUAAACCUUUAUCAGCGAUGUAAUGAACUUGAACAGCCUUAAGUGAACUGGUUUCACGGCGAAAUCUUUUGUGUUUGUUUGUUUGUUUGAUUGACUGUUUGGAUUACAAGUGACUGCAUAUUGCAUUUUUAUAUCCAGUAUUCUAUCCAACCAGUAUAUUAGUACACAUGGUAUUGUAUGUAGUAUGUAGAUAGCCACAAGCAUGAGCUGGAUUUACUAGGCAUCCAUAUUGCCACUGUAGAUAUGUCAGCCUGUUGGACAAAUGCUCAACCAACGCAAAUCACCUCAUACAGAUGCUUGUCCACAAGCUUGCGCAACUACUGUAGACUGAUUAUUGUCGCGUCAAAACAUUUAGAAUGUAUGGUUUUUUUGGAGCAGAUUUCUAAAUAAAAGGCUUUAAGCUAAAAGCAUGUUUGCAGUCAAUGUGUUUGAGCAUGAGUCGUGACCAUACAUAUUUUGAAUGGCCUGUUCUCAAUCUAAAGAAAAGUCUGUAACCGUUAUCUUUCAAUUGCUGGAGGCAGGGUUGCAAAGUUCCAGUAACUCAAAAUUCCCAAAUUCUUUCAAAAAAAAUCCCCAGUUGGAAGAUUCCCUGAUAAGCAGGAAAUCUGAAAAAUUCUCCAACCAGGAUUUCGGGAAAACCUGUGAAUUUUGGGAAAGCUGCUGGACUUUUGCAACCCUAGCUGGAUUAUGUCAUUGUUUCCUUAUGGAUGAGGCAACAUUACUAAGGACUAUGAGAUAAAAUGACUGGAAAUACAGCAUUCACUUUUAAGAAUAAUGUGUUUCUGAGACAAUCUUGCCAUGUGAUGUACAUCUGUCUGUCUGUAAUCCAGAUUUUAGAGAGCAUUCAUAGCACAUUUAAUCCCCAAACAAACAAAUUAAAUUAGCCUCAGUGAGAAUGUCUAAGCUGCCCCCACCUACACAGCCGCUAUAUGUGUCUCUACACUGAGUGUACAAAACAUUAGGAACACCUUCCUAAUAUUGAGUUGCACCCCCUCCUUUGUCUCCAAUGCUUCUCAAGUUGGCUGGAUGUCCUUUGGGUGGUGGCCCAUUCUUGAUACACACAGGAAACUGUUGAGCCUGAAAAACCCAGCAGCGUUGCAGUUCUUGACAGACUCAAACCGGUGCUCCUGGCACCUACUACCAUACCCCAUUCAAAGGCACUUAAAUAUUUUGUCUUUCCAAUUCACCCUCUGAAUGCCACACAUGUGGGAUCAUAGCUUUCACCUGGUCAGUCUGUCAUGGAAAGUUCCUAAUGUUUUGUACAGUCAGUGUAUAUUACAACAUAACAUUGUAACAUAAUGGAGCUACAGUACAGUUGCCUACUGCCUACAUAUCCCUUUCAGCAGGGUAUGCCUGAUAUAGCAUUGACCAAUCAAGUGAGGCCUAGUGGUUGACCUACUGAACAUCAUAGAUGUCAUGUGAUAUGGCAAACUCAUUCUGUCACGUCCUGACCUUAGUUCCUUUUGUAUGUCUCUAUUUUAGGUUGGUCAGGGCGUGAGUUGGGGUGGGCAUUCUAUGUUUUGUUCUUGGGUUUAUAUUUCUAUGUGUUUGGACUGGUAUGGUUCCCAAUCAGAGGCAGCUGUCAAUCGUCUCUGAUUGAGAACCAUACUUAGGUAGCUGGUUUUCCCACUCUUGUUUGUGGGUUGUUAUUUUCCGUUUCAGUGUUUUCACCAUACGGGACUGUUUCAGUUUUCCUUUAUUCACUUGUUUUCUGUGUUCAGUGUAAUAAAUAUGACGAACAC